UAAAAUCGUUGCGCAGACGCAGCUAUUCAGUUGAAUUUUGGACUCGAGAGACUGCGGAUCGAAGCUCGAGCUGGGCAUUUGGAUUUCUCACAAAAACCUCGCAUUGCAAAACCACGACGAUGGCGCAAUAUCAUAAAAUGCAUAUUCUGCUGCCGCUCUUGGCCAUGAUGCACUGCAUCUGCGCCACGCCCAUAGCGCCGGCCACGCCCGACGGCGCCACGCCCAUCGACGCACGCGUCUCGGCCGCCGACUUUGGUGCCCAGGAUGCCUUCGAUGCCUUCGAUGCCGCCGACAGCUCCGCGGAAUCCACCCAUGCGCAGGCCAGCGAGGCCGGAUUCAAGAUCUCACUGCUGCCGACUCCGGCCAAGACGGCGGAAUCGGUGAAUCUGGAGCAGGAGGCCAUUCCCUCGAAGGUGCUGAGCGUGUACGACAACAGCCAAAAGAAGCUGGCCGAAUUGGCGCAGCCCGUUCCCAUUUUGGACUCCAUCAGUGAGCACGAGAAGUACGGCAACAACGGCGACAUGUUCGACGGAAUCUCGCGCUCCAUUGUCAACGGCUAUGAGGCCUUCUCCAACCUGCUCAACACCUUCAUUCAGAAGCCCAAAGAGUUGGCGCGCAGCGUGACGAAGGGGAUUACGGCUCAAUUGGAUGUCAUCGGUGGCAAAUUGGUGGGCCUUUGAAGGCGCUAACCACCCAGCCACCCAACCAACCACCCAACCAACCCCAGUGAAACUGCACUGGCUUGUAAUUUAAAUAAAUACUUUAAUUUAUUUGUAACUUAACACGAACAUGUUGUGUAGGAAUGCAUUUCGAUAUAAAUAUUUGUAUGUAUAAAUAAAAUAAUCAUACCCAUAGUAGCUAUGUAAUAUUUGCUCCCACUUCAUUCACUUUCUCUUCACUUCGUCUUCUCGCUUCAUUUUUCUCACGCUUUUCGGGCAGUUGCGGUUUCUGCUAUUUCGACUACUACAAAGUUCCAUAAAGUAACAUAAGUAUAUUGUAUAAAUAUGUAUAAAUAUAUAGUUGAUAUUUUGAUUUAGUUGAAUUUAGGAUUACGAGCAUAUCCCGCUCCACACACCAGCUGUAUCUCAGGUACUCCUCUGGCACUCUAACCAGCCAUGAUUGGUGAUGGAACACAAUAUACCCUGUUCUAUGUGCGUUUCGGUACUUGGACCUUAAACUACUACUACUAGAGAGCACAUCACAAUAUGGAUACACCGCUAACUACAUAUAUGUGAUUGUUUAACACCGGUAGCAACUUGCUGCCAGUUCAAUUUUGUUCGAUAUGUCUUCGCCUACAGAUUACAAAACAAAAACAAACAAAAAAAAAUUAAAUUAAUUUUUGGCACAUUUCGCAGAAUAAAUUAGAAACUAAGAGAGAAAGAGAGAGAGAGAGAGAGUUAACAAAA